UUCAAGUGAGGUAGGUAGUACUAUGGAGAGAGAGCGAGAGAUAGAGAUGGAAGUGGAGGAGGAGGAGGAGGAAAUAACAGUAGUGGUGGAGGGCAGAGAUAAAGUGAAGGGCCCAUGGUCUCUCGAGGAGGACACCAUACUGAGUCGGCUCGUGAGCAAGUUCGGUGCCAGGAAUUGGACCCUCAUUGCUCGCAGAAUCGCCGGCAGAUCUGGCAAGUCUUGCCGCCUCAGGUGGUGUAAUCAGCUCGAUCCCACAGUCAAGCGCAAACCCUUUACUGUUGUUUCAGAUGAGGAGGAUCAGAUCAUAGUUGCAGCACAUGAAAUUCAUGGAAACAAAUGGGCAGCAAUCGCAAGGCUUUUACCAGGAAGAACAGAUAAUGCUAUUAAGAACCACUGGAAUUCUACUCUAAAGCGUCGGCGGAUGGGGGUUGGCAAGAUUAAGUCAGAAUCUUGCAAUAUGAUUGAAGAUAGCUUAGACAAAACCAAGGCAUCAUCUGAAGAAACCCUAUCAUGUGGGGAUGUCAAUUCAUUCAAAUCCUUGGAAGGAAGAGACAUGAGCUCUCUAGAAGAUAUGAAUGAUCAGAAUGAAGACAAGGUGCCAAUUGAGGGUCAUUUUAGUCAUGAAGUUAUAGACCAAUCUACUCUUUUUCGACCUGUGGCACGUGUUAGUGCUUUUAGUGUAUGCAACCCUUUCGAUGGCCUUGAGCCUGCAUCAUCUUUCCCAAGGCCAGUUCCAAUGCAAGGGGCUCUGGUUCAAGCAUCAAAACCAGAUUUUGAUAUUUGUGAAUUGUUUGAAGGGGUUUGUGGUGAGCGGUUGGUGCCUCAUAAUUGUGGCCAUGGUUGCUGUGGGACUCAAAAUGAUAGAAAUCCUCGAAGUUCUCUUUUGGGGCCAGAAUUUGUUGAAUUCUCAGAGCCUCCAUCCUUUCCAAGUUUGGAAUUGGCUGCAAUAGCCACAGAUAUAAGUAAACUUGCUUGGCUUAAGAGUGGGUUGGAGAACAGCAGUGUCAGAGCAAUGGAUGACGCAGCUGGCAGAAUAAAAUCUCAUGGAUCUCAAGUGCAAAUGAGGCAUCAUGAAGAGAGUAGGGUGAAUGGCCAUUUUUGUUUUGAUGAGGGAAACAACAGGUUAACAGGCAUGAAAACCAAUGUGUUAUCAACUUAGACACCAUUUUCUUACUGCAGUUUGAAGUUGAGGGGAUGUAGUUGAGUUCAAUUAUCCUAUCUCCAUGUUAAGUGGAUUUGCAAGGUUAAAGGCAGGAGGAUCUAGAAGAUCUGUAAACUCUAGAAAAACUCAUGCGUUGUGACUGUGUUGCAUGAUUAGAUAUUCUAACUCUCACUGGAAGACAUUAGUGACAUUGGAAGUCAUGGAUUAUAGAAUGAGAAGAAAUCAGUUAGAGCCUGUAGUCAUCUAAUUAGCUUGGGCACCUGUAUCUCUUUGCUAAAUAACUGAUGCAGGGAUGGCAGUCAGUUUCUUGCUGUGUUACGGGAGAGAGACCAACUUCAUCUAAUACAAAGUAAUAUGUAUUUUUUUUUUAUGGUUUCAUUAGUUGAGGUAAUACAAAAGUAAGUAUUUCUCUGUGGUUUCAUUAAUUGAUGCAAUAUUCGAAAGUCCGACUUAUAAAUGAGACCUGUAAUUUUCAUAUGCCAAUUGUUUACAAUAGGAAGGCAUGGCAAUGUCUGUAUAGUGUGUACUAGUGGGCUGUAGUAGUGUAGUGUGUGCUCAGUUGUAUUGAACUUGUGGCAACUAUUUUUAAUUGAACAAAACUUGUCCGAAGUA